AUACCUAUGGAUUCUAUUAGCCAUUUCGUCAAACAUGAUUUGGGCAACAGAUAUUUCUUAAGGAAAACUCUCCCUCCUUUUCUUCAGCUCCAUACUUCUCUAUCAAAAACUCCAACAACACAAGCUCAUAUCUUCCAUUUGUAUAUGUAUACAGACACACAGCUUUAAAAUAAUCCUGCUUUUUCCUCUUCCCUUUAUCCACUUCUUUGCCAUUUGUUCAUACCGAAAGGUGGAGCAACUCAAUUUUGAUGAUGUCGAGUUUUCUUCAUUCAACCGCACAGAAUUUGUUGUUGUCUCCGUUUUUAGGCCGGACGAGGGAUCUAACUCCUGUUUCCGGUAGGGCCCGUUUCAGCAAUUAUACGUCUCAGAAACCCUCACUGAGGAGCCGCAAUUUCGGGAUCGUCCGUUGCGGUUUGGGCCAGGUUCCAUUUCCGGACCCCGAAAAUGCUGACUUUUUAAUCAAGGAUUUGUUUGGUAGAGUUGAAGGGCUUCUAUACACUGUUGCUGAUGCUGCUGUGAGUUCUUCCGAUGCAGUUAGUACAACCAAGCAGAAUAGUGAUUGGCUUUCUGGGAUUACGAAUGCCAUGGAAGUUGUUUUGAAGGUUCUUAAAGACGGGCUUUCCACUCUGCAUGUUCCCUAUGCUUAUGGUUUUGCUAUCAUUUUACUGACGAUACUCGUUAAGGCUGCCACUUUUCCUUUGACAAAGAAACAGGUGGAAUCAGCAAUGUCCAUGCAGUCUUUGGCACCUCAAAUAAAAGCUAUUCAGGAACGAUAUGCUGGUGAUCAGGAGAGGAUUCAACUCGAAACAGCUCGGUUGUACAAGCUAGCUGGUAUAAAUCCAUUGGCAGGAUGUCUUCCUACACUUGCCACUAUUCCUAUAUGGAUUGGGCUUUACAGAGCUCUUUCUAAUGUAGCUGAUGAGGGAUUAUUAACGGAAGGCUUCUUCUGGAUACCCUCACUAUCUGGUCCAACAACUGUUGCUGCUAGGCAAACUGGUAGUGGUACCUCUUGGCUAUUCCCCUUCAUUGAUGGUCAUCCCCCCCUUGGGUGGUCAGAUACUUUGGCAUAUCUUGUCUUGCCUGUUCUACUGGUUGUCUCUCAAUAUAUCUCUGUACAGAUCAUGCAACCUCCACAGAGUAAUGAUCCUAAUGUCAAAAGUUCUCAAGCCAUAACAAAGUUGCUACCAUUGAUGAUUGGAUAUUUUGCCCUCUCGGUUCCUUCUGGUUUAAGCCUUUACUGGCUUACAAACAACAUCCUGAGUACGGGGCAGCAGGUAUGGCUGCGUAAAUUGGGUGGUGCAAAAAGUCCUAAGCCAAUUAUUGAUGACAGUAUAGAAAAGAAGCCUAUCCAAACAUUAAAUUCCAUCUCUGUGGCACCACCAGCCAAAAAGGUGGUUGAGAAAGAAGAGAAACGGACUCCAGAAGGGCUUCGUCCGGGUGAAAGGUUUAAACAACUAAAGGAGCAAGAAGCUCGAAAAAAAAGGCAAAGAGAGGAAGAGAUCAGGAAGGCUGAGGAGGCAGCAGCUAAUGGACUUCAGAUUACAAAUGGCAAAGUAAAUAAAGAAAUCACUUCACUUGAAGGGGAGGCUAGUUCUUCGAACAUAGAUGGCAUUUCUGUGAACGGUAACAAUGUCAAGUCAGAAUCAAAGGAUGAUGAGAAGUCAUCUGCUGUUAGGGAAGAAAAUCCUGGUAUUUUAGAUGAUCGCAAGAAUGAAAGAAGUAAUCUGCAUAUGGACAAAAACAUUGAGAAGGAUUGAGUUCAUUGCUACGCUGCAUUUGGAAACAACACAGAAAUGUUCGAGAAGAAAAUAGAUAGCUUGGCGGCAACAAUUCAGCUAGUGCAGAUAGAGGUGAGAAUGCAUGAGCUUUGCCUAUCAACAUUGAAAUGAUGUAAAUCAUAUUAGAGGUGAAAAUGAUAUACAGCCGUGUGAGAGAGAGAGAGAGCUAGUUACUUUUGUAGCAUCCAUGCAAUAAAGUUGGGUCAAUUAUGCCCAUUUCAGUGAGGUGGGAAAUUCUUACUUGAAAUGUUUCUUGCAACCCAUCUUUUACACAGCUCAUAUAUAGCAGCAUUUCUGUAUUCUUCUAUUGAAAAUUUUAAUUAGUUCA